CAAUCCUUUAUAAUUCCUCCAAAAUUCCUAUGAAUCAAAGAGACCUUAGUGGACCGAGACCUAUUAUUAGGUGUAGCAGCAACUAUCGUAGUCUCAUGGCAGUGCCUUGUCUAAUCGUGCUUGUGUCGUUUCUGUUUUCGCACCAUCCUUGCCAUUUCAUGGUCACUUGUCUCCGUAAAAGCUUGUACUACCAGUCGUAACUGACCCGUUCCCUUGAAAACAGAAGAAACGGAGGCGUUUUGGCGAAAUAUAAAUGCGGAAACCUGCAAUCAAUGCUGGCAUAAAUUGGAUUGCUAUUUUUUCCUCUUGCCGUGAACCGCUUCUGCGUCACACCCUUUCUGCUUCGGCUUCCCCCUCUUUCUUCGGCUGCAUAUAUGCACAUACACACCCCCACGCCGCGAGCAUGAACGAAGCAGCCGCUCUCCUCACAAGACGGCAGCUCAAACCCCUGCGUAUCGCCUUCUCCUCUGCCUCCUCACAUAGAGAAAACAGUUUCCUUCUCAUCACAAGAAAGAGAUGGGUUCAACCACCGUCAGGCUCAUCGCCUUCGUCUCCGCCCUCAUGCUACUCAUGCACUGCACUCACGCGGCAGCACCGGCAGCCUUUCUUCAGACACCGACGGCGGUGAAGACGUGGUGCGUGGCCAAGCCUUCGACCGGCGAGGCGGCCCUGAGGGCCAACCUGGAGUUCGCCUGCUCCGAGAGCGACUGCAGCGCGAUCCAGGGCACGGGGGGCUGCUCCGCGCUGAACGGCGGCGUGCUGCUGUCGCGGGCGUCGGUGGCCAUGAACGCCUACUACCAGGCCAGGGGGAGGAACUCGUGGAACUGCUUCUUCAACGCCACCGGCAUCAUCAGCAUCACCGACCCCAGUCUAGGCACUUGCAAGUAUGCAUGAGUCCAGUCCAGGGGGAUCACUGAAGCCGGGAAAAUAAGAUGUUUCUAAGGAUAUGUGCUUGUGUUGUCCCCUAGAAUGAUUAGUGUGUUCGUUUUCGCCAUCACAACUGCCAUUGUUCGUAUCAGGCAUAGCUUCGGUGUUUUGAGUGUGAUCAUGAGAUGUCCAUCCUAUGUUUUUUCUUUAUAACAGUGAAAAUAUCAUUUCAGUUGCCCUAGUGAA